AUGUCAAAAGUACUGCAGGAUACUGGAUGGCCAGAGUUAUUCGCGAAAACCCAAGGAAAAGAUAUGAUACUCAACGAGUGUCUAAAGGCACCUCUGAGUGAAGUUGUCCAUUCGAACGGUGCUCUAUCCACUGGAUGCGAUUCAAUGCAACUACGAACACGCACACGCAACAGGGAUCAGCUGUCGAACAUCGACUCGGAACAGCGCGGCCCUGAAGAGAGCAAGGAUGCCGAAACGUUAGCAGAAUAG